AUGUCCUGGAACACCUUUGCACCCUGGCAAACGCAGGACCAGACUGAGGACGAAAAGCCAACGUCCGGCCAAUCGCGCGACCAUGAAAACGCACCCUGCCGGUCAACGCAACAUUCGCCGUCUUCGUACGUUACUGAGUCCAAAAAAAUAGUCCUGUGUAUUUAUUUCUAUGGCCGACUAUUUUACAAUACUGCAUCUGCAGUUCUGCCAUCUUUCAACUUUUUCAGAAGAAAAACGGAGCAACAGCGGGACGAGCCAUGCCAGCUGCAACAUGAUGAGCAGAUAGUGGAGCGGUAUAGUUCCGAUCAAAAUGACCACACACCAGUUCAUAACGACGAUCUCUCCAAGGGACGCGCAGAACUAACAGAGUCACUGGACUCUGCUUUAUCACAUGAUUCGCAGGUAAUAAAGGAGGUGGAUCAGUGCGACUUUGUCUACGAUAUCAUGGCCGGUCCGCCUGGAAAGAACCAGCUGCGUCGAUGUAUGGUGCUCAGCUUCCACGCAGAUACCAACAUAAUAUCGAAAGAGGCACAUCAGAGACUUGGAACGAGCAUCGAGCCUUGUCCAAGGGCAUCUGUCCAAGUUUUGGGACUUGGAGAUCGCAAACCAGUUGGAAUUGCAGAAGUCCAGUGGUCUUUUUGUGGGCGCAGCAAGCCUUACCGGACAGCGUUCUACGUUGUAGAAGAUGUCGAAUAUGAUCUUCUCAUCGGAAGGCCUUCUAUGCGGCAGCAGGAGUUGUAUCGAGUGGACCCCGCUAUUGCGAAGAAGCUUCGUGAAUCGUAUCAAUAUUCGUAGGCUCAGCUAGUGGAGGAUGGGGGGACGGACUUGGAGCUUGUUUGCACUCGCUUUCGUUCCAUGCGUCAGGUCUAGAAAUGGCCCUUUAUACGCUGGGAUAGGUCCCCACGAACAUACUAUUGGUACCUUCAGUGCAAGUGUGUCUUACAGGUAGCUGCACUUUGAUUGGGUCAUGUCUGAAAUUCAGGAAAAUUUUCGGCUGGGAAUCGGUGUAAAUAUACAUUUCUAGUCUGGUUUAAUCAGAAAAUGGAGGCUCCCCACUGUACGCCACAAUACUCAAAAUAUAAGGCUGGAACCCUG